CGCGCGCCCCUGCACUACCUGGGCCCGCUGCUGUCCAACCUCAGCCAGCAGCCCGGAGCGCGCGCCUUCCUCCUGGACCCCGGCAGGUGUGUGGUCCAGCGGCUGCUGCCCCUCACGCAGUACUCGGACUCCUCGGUGCGCAGGGGCGGGGUGGUGGGGACGCUGCGGAAUUGCUGCUUCGAGCACCGACAUCACGAGUGGUUGCUUGGGCCUGAGGUCGACAUUCUCCCCUUCUUGUUACUGCCGUUGGCUGGGCCUGAGGACUUCUCGGAGGAAGAAAUGGACAGGCUGCCUGUUGACCUGCAGUACCUGCCUCCAGACAAGCAGCGUGAGCCUGAUGCGGACAUCCGGAAGAUGCUCAUUGAAGCCAUCAUGCUGCUGACAGCCACUGCCCCGGGUCGGCGGCAGGUGCGGGACCAGGGAGCCUACUUGAUCCUUCGAGAACUACACAGUUGGGAGCCUGAGCCUGAUGUUCAGGUGGCGUGUGAAAAGCUCAUCCAGGUGCUCAUUGGGGAUGAGCCAGAGAGCGGCAUGGAAAACCUGCUGGAGGUACAGGUGCCCGAGGAUGUGGAGCGACGGCUUCAGCAGCUGGACCAGCUGGAGCAGGAGCAGAAAGACCUCCGACCAGAGCCGCAUGUCGAGGGGGCCCUGCCCACCUGAGACCCCUGCCCCCAAACACCAGCUCUAGGCCCGCCUUCCUCUUGCUUCUUGCAGGCUCCUUUGUUCUUGUUUGGAGGCUGUCUCCUCCUGAGAAGCAGAGCUAUACUUUUUUAAUCUUUUUAUUUUUUUGGCCAGUCCUGAGGCUUGAACUCAGAGCCUGGGCACUGUCCCUGAGCUCAA